AUGCCUCUCCUACUUCUCUUUCUUGCUUUCCUCCCUGUCCUCUAUCUCCUAAGCAAAUCAAUGAAAAAACACCAAAAACUCCCUCCUGGCUCUCUGGGCAUUCCCUUCAUCGGCCAGAGCCUCAGGCUUCUUCAUGCAAUGUGGACCAAUAAAGGCGAAGAAUGGCUGGCCCAGAGGAUAGAAAAGUAUGGGCCUAUAUCGAAGCUCACACUCUUUGGUGCUCCUACUAUAUUUCUGACUGGUCCAGCUGCAAACAAGCUCAUAUUCACACAUGAGGCUGUUGUUCCUCAGCAGCCCAAAUCGAUACCGAGGAUUAUAGGGAGGAGGAACAUGCUGGAGUUGGUUGGGGAUGAUCACAGACGAGUUCGAGGUGCUGUAAGUGAGUUCCUGAGGCCUGAAGUGCUGAAGAAGUAUGUUGGUCAUAUUGAUGGGGAGGUUAGAUAUCAUUUGGAGAAGAAUUGGAUUGGUCAGAGCGAAGUCAAGGUAUUGCCUUUGAUCAAGAGUCUCACUUUCGACAUCAUUUGCUCUCUCUUCUUUGGUAUUCAACGUGGUCCUCUUCGAGAUGAUCUAGCAAAAGACUUUGUCCGUAUGAUAGACGGUAUGUGGGCAGUUCCAAUUAACCUGCCUUUUACAAAUUUCAAUAGGAGCCUAAAGGCAAGCAAUAGAGCUAGAAAGACCCUUGCUAGAAUUGUACAAGAAAGAAAGUCUGCGCAAAAACAAGAGAAAUGCACAUCUAAUAAAGACCUUAUCACCUAUUUGAUCGGUAUGGAAUUAACCGAUGAUGAGAUUGUAGACAACACAGUACUUGUCAUGAUCGCAGGAUAUGAUACAUCCUCCAUACUCAUCACAUUCAUUAUUCGCCAUCUUGCAAAUGACCCCGAAACUCAUGCUCGAGUCGUUCAAGAACAAGAAGAGAUUGUCAAGAGCAAGGCCAAAGAAGAACCUUUAUCAUGGGAAGAUCUAUCAAAAAUGAAAUAUACGUGGCAUGUCGCUAUGGAGAUACUAAGAAUGGUUCCUCCUCUUUUUGGUAGUUUCAGAAAAACACUCAAAGAUAUCGAGUUCAAUGGAUAUAUCAUACCAAAAGGGUGGCAAGUGUUUUGGGCAUUGCCCACCACACAAAUGGAUCCAAAGUUUUUCCCGGAGCCAGAGAAGUUUGAUCCUAGUCGAUUCAAGAACAUUGCAUCAGUACCACCUUACUGUUUCGUGCCAUUUGCAGGAGGACCCAGAGUUUGUCCAGGCAACGAGUUUGCCAGGAUUGAGACUCUCGUUAUGAUACAUUAUGUCGUGACUCGGUUUGAAUGGAAAUUGUGCUGCAAAGACAAUACUUUUCGGAGAGAUCCUAUGCCAUCACCUCGUGAGGGAUUGCCCAUCAAACUGCAGCUGAAGAAUUGA